AUUUCACGUCUUGGUCUCGAGUACUGUCAUCGCAAUCCAUCAUGUCUGUCACUCUUCACACCACGCACGGCGACGUGAAAGUCGAGCUUUUCUGCGAGGCAGUGCCCAAGACGACAGAGAACUUCAUCGCCCUCUGCGCCUGCGGCGCAUACAACGACACACCAUUCCACCGCCUCAUGCCCGGCUUCAUGAUCCAAGGUGGCGACAUCUCCCUGGGGCCCGCAGGAUCCGACACCUCCAGCGCCACCAAAUCGAUGCUUCCGUUCGACGACAUCCCGAAAGGCGGCACCUCAAUCAACCACCCCGGCGCACUGAACCAAGAAAUCCACCUCCCCGCUCUACGACACAACACGCGCGGGAUCCUGUCCAUGGCGUCGCGACCCGUCAAGGACCGAACGGCGCCCGGAUCGCAGGGCGCAACAGGCGCAACCAUCAACGGGAGUCAGUUCUUCAUCACGUUUGCGGGCGCGCCGCAUCUGGACGGGGCGAGCACGGUGUUUGGGAAGGUGCUGAAUCUGACGGCGCAGGAUGAGGGUGGGGAUGUGCUGUCGAGGCUGGAGAAGGCGAACGUGAAGGUUGAUAAGAAGGGGAGGGUGGUGCAGCCGAAGGACGGCGAGACGGAGUACGAGUCGUUGAGGAUUAAUCGGGUGACGAUCCAUGCGAACCCUUUCGCGAAGUGAACCCGGGGUUGAGGUUAACGCCGAUAUGUCCAUCGAGGAAUGUUGCUAUGGGAUGAUGAGGGUCGCCUUGGGAACGGUCCCUGGUGGAAAAGACUCUUGAGCGGCACGGACAGACGACAUCACCGCUACCACGCCCGGUGUUUUGGUUUUGGGUGACGAUGCCAUUCGCGUGAUGCGUACAGACCCUGUGAGUGUCGUCGACAGCCGUGUCUGCCUCACUGAGGUCGCGGCAUCCAAGCAUCCUUCGGCCGUCACCAAAGGCCACCAUCUAAGAAUGGCUUCCUGUCAUUUCUCCGAGGGUUACUAGGAUUUGGAAAGCAACCGUAAUUGAUUUACGGCUUGCAAUCAGACUGAUCUUGGUCGAAUUGCCUUCCAAACUAUCUAAUGACAUUUCCUUACGAAC